UGCAGCAGACUGCACUGUUAUCUGCUCUGCACACUCCGAAGCGGCCGGUGGAUGGUGAGGCAGGCAGGUGCAGGACGGAGGAAGGCAGUCCCCGAGGCAAGCGGCCCACUGGGAAACAUCCCGGUGCUGGGGAAAGGCGGGCUUCGGUGGAUGGGCGAGCUUAACAAGAUGGCGGCAACUCCAGCCGGAAGCGCUGUGGAUGCCCAGGCUCGGUUCGGCCACUCGGUGAAGGGACUCUUGACCGAAAAAGUGACCAGCUGUGGUACCGAUGUCAUCGCUCUCACCAAACAGGUGUUGAAGGGCUCCCGCAGCGCCGAGUUCCUAGGGCAGGCUGCCAGAAACAUGGUGAUGCAAGAGGAUGCCAUCCUGCACUCAGAAGAUAGUUUAAGGAAAAUGGCCAUUAUAACUACCCAUCUGCAGUAUCAGCAAGAAGCUAUUCAGAAAAAUGUUGAACAGUCUUCAAAUCUGUGUGAUCAACUGAGCCACCUUCUGAAAUGAAGAGACAGAGCUGUACCAUAUUUGAAGAGCAGCUGGAAACUGAUGGGAGAAAUAUUGUCUUAGGAAUUGUGGAGCCUGUUUCCACUUCAGCAAAUGCACUGUGAGACCGAGCUGGUCCAAAAGUCAUCUGCCAGUUGUGAUGAUAUGAAGUACAUGUGGCUCACUGUAUAAGACUGUGACGUGGGAGCAGCCCAUUUGUUUUGUCCUUACUUAUGUUCCCUUUGUAAAAAGUUGGAUAGUUCCAUGUAUUUAUGUUAAGAUCUACUAUAAUGCUUUUUUUAAAAUGUUGUUUUCCUCUUAAGGUAGCUGUUAACAAGAUUUAAUUUUCCUAGGACAUGAAGCAAACCUUGUUUUGUUUUCAGUAUUUUAAGGAUGCAAUUCUUCUUGUUUCAGACUGUGAAAGCUCAAUCAAAUUGAGCAUGUGAAUUGUAUGGUGUGAAACAUCCUUUUUUGGGGCAUAGUUAUCUAAUAAUGUGGUACAUGGAUAAACCUAGAAAAAUGCUUGAAAUUGUGUGUGGUUAUUGUAUAUAGGGACUACCCCUCUUGCACAGGAUCACAUCUUUAUCAUGUCACCUCUAUCCCACACACAAGUUGGGUUGCAGUAGUAUGAAAAAAGCUUGAUCCUGUUGUCCCCUGAAAUCUGAUGCAGAAAUUAUGACUGGCACUUGCAUCUUUGAAGAUGAACACCUAAUUUCAUAUAUAAGCACAUCAAGAACGAGUAGAGUUUUCAGAGUCUAAUCCCUUUCUCUUCCUACCUGCUCAAUGGGAGCUAAGACUAUUGAGUGUUGUAUGGAAAUCUGAGGGCUUCUUUAGAUUUGGUUUAAAUGCCUAACAAAUUUAAAAAAUGCUGCAUAUUUCAUUCUAUAUAGCUGCUAACAAUUUCCCAUUUCAUUGGUAUUGUCCUGUUUCUUGGUAUGUUUUCUGUUGUAUGAUUGUGAUUUGCAUGAUGAAACAACUGUGUAUAAAUAUAUCUAUCUAUCUUCUUUGCAGAAAGAGUUCUAGAAUGUAUUCCUUUAAGUCCGUACAUCUGCUGUUAGUUUUGUCCUUGAACUGCAUUCCUACACACUCACUUCUGUUAUGGUUCUUGAUUAAGCAGCCUUGGGUUCAUUAUGUAAUUCUCAACAGAAUCAGUAAUCUAUCCAGAUAUUCAGCUGGAGAGGUACUGGAAGUUCAAGUGCUCUGCAUUGAGCCAAUUUAAAAUUUGCCAUUGGCAUGGAAGCAGAAUUGAUCCUAUAGUAUGCAUUUUAAAAUUAUUAGAGUUUUUUUUCAUUUAUUAGUAAUGUCAUUUUGAAGGCACUCAGAGUUUGUAUAUGAAUUAAAAUAAAUUGAUGGAGUGACAUGUUUGUGCACAAAAUCAUAUGCAAUAUG